UCCGAUUGUUUUUCUUCUUUUAGAGGCGUUAAAAUGUAUGCUCAAUUUCAAUGAACCAUCCAGAACUGAUGACCCGCAGUGGAAGAUUCUCAUAUAUGAUCGCGUUGGCCAGGAUAUUAUUGCUCCUCUGUUCACUGUCAAGGAGCUGCGUAACUUAGGCGUUACUUUGCACAUGCUCCUGGAUGUCAAACGAGAGGCAAUACCCGAUGUACCUGCCAUAUACUUCAUAUAUCCCUCUAAGGAGAACAUCAGUCGCGUCUGUAAAGAUUUCGAGUCGGAUCUCUACGACUCGUAUUAUCUCAAUUUUAUUAGCCCGAUUCCUCGUGAACAGCUCGAGAUAUUGGCUGAAAAUGCCCUCGCCGAGGAUUGCAUCUCGCGUAUUAAAAAGGUAUACGAUCAGUACGCCAAAUUCGUCUGUUUGGAGGACGAUCUCUUCGUACUUACUGAAGAUUCUGGUGGUGUUCAAGACGGGACCUUCUAUUCUCUCAACAAAAUGAAUUCUUCUGAGGCCGAGAUUCAGACAUCCGUGAGCACCAUGGUGGAGGGUCUCUUUUCAUUGUUCGCCACUCUUGGCUCUGUGCCCGUAAUUCGCUGUUCACGCGCCAACGCGGCGGAGAUGGUCUCUCGUGAGCUUGACGCCCGAUUUCGUGACUGUCUGCGCGACUCACGCAACACCCUCUUC